AUGUUGGAGGGAUUCACAGAGUCUGCAAACAAAGUAAUGAUAGGUGCACAGCAAGAAGCUCACCUUCUGGGACACAAGUAUAUCAGCACAGAGCAUAUUCUGUUGGCUCUUAUCAGUGAUGAUGUAGGAGGCUUGGCUGCUAAAGCACUUCAAUCUGCAAAGUUAGAUCUCAAUGUCAUUAGGGAACAAGCUGAGGAGAUAUUUGGAAAAGGGGGUGGGUCUAGUGGCUCUUUUUCCAUGGAAUUACGAUUCAGUUGUGGAGCACAACUGGUGCUUAAGCUCACACGAGAAGAAGCACAGAAAUUGGGCCAUUCUUUUGCUGAUGAAAGGGAUCUGCUUCUGGGCUUGCUUAAAGGGUGUGAUGGUAAGAUAAAUGGUUUGCUUCAGAAUCAAGGUGUCGAUGUAAACAAUAUCAGAGACCAGGUAAGUAAACAUAUGGCAGAUGAAAAGGAGAAAGCUUAUAGCUUGAAUGAUCAGUUUGCGCAAGGUUGCAGUAAUGAGAAUAGUCAGAAGCCAUCUCUUACUGUGCCUAUAAAGAUGGUUGCAGGUGAGAAGGAAAAACCUUCUUACUCGAAUGAUCAGUGUGCACAAGGUAGUAAUGAGAAUAGUCAGAAGCCAACUCUUAGUGCGCCUAUAAAAAUGAUUGCAAAUGAGAAGGUAAAAGCUUCUUGCUCGAACGAUCAGUAUGAACAAGGCUGUAGUAAUGAGAAUAGUCAGAAGCCAAUUCUUCCUGUGUCUAUAAAGAUGAUUGUAAGUGAGAAGGAAAAGGCUUAUAGCUCAAAUGAUCAGUGUGCACAAGGUUAUGGUAAUGAAAAUAGUCAGAAGCCAACUCUUAUUGUGCCUAUAAAGUUGAUUGCAAGUGAGAAGGAAACAUCUUCUAGCUUGAAUGAUCAGUGUCCGCAGGGUUUUAGUAAUGACGAUAGUCAGCAGCCAACUGUUAGCGUGCCUAUAAAGAUGAUUGCUGGUGAGAUGGAAAAAACUCCUAGCUCAAAUGAACAGUGUGCACAAGGUUGCAGUAAUGAGAAUAGUCAGAAGACAACUCUUAGUGUGCCUAUAAAAAUGAUUACAGGUGAGGAGGAAAAAGUUUUUAGCUUGAAUGAUCAGUGUGCACAAGGUUGUAGUGAUGAGAAUAGUCAGAAGCCAACUCUCAGUAUGCCUACAAAGAUGAUUGCAGGUGAAAAGGAGAAAACUUCUACCUCAAACGAACAGUUUUCACAAGGCUGUAGUGAUGAGAAUAGUCAGAAGCGAGCUCUUAGUGCACCUACAAAGAUGAUUGCAGAUGAGAAGGAAAAAGGUUAUGGCUCGAAUGAUCAAUGUGCACGAGGUUGUAGUGAUGAGAAUAGUCAGAAACCAAUUCUUAAUGUUUCUAUAAAGAUGAUUGCAGGUGAGAAGGAAAAACCUUCUAGCUCAAAUGAUCAGUGUGUACCAGGUUGUGGCAAUGAGAAUAGUCACAGGCCAGCUCAUAGCGUGCCUAUAAAGAUAAUUAAUAUGAUGCCAGCUUCUGAGAACAUAGAGGCUGGUUCAAAAAAAGUUGACAAGAUUAUGAAUUACCAAACACCAAUUCUAGAUAUGUUUGGGACCAAUCUGACAAAACUGGCACAGGAGUGUAAGCUUAAUCCUUUUGUGGGAAGGCACGAUCGAGUGGAACGCACAAUUCAGAUUUUCUGUAGACGGACAAAAAACAAUCCUUGUCUUGUUGGAGAGCCAGGAGUUGGGAAAACAGCUACCAUAGACGGCCUUGCUCAAAGAAUUCUGAGUGGAUCUGUUCCUGAAAAAUUAAAGGGAAAGAAGGUAAUUAAAUUGGAUCUGGCUCAUUUUUUAUAUGAAACAUCAUGUCAAAAAACACCUGAAGAGAGAACAAGCUGUUUGAUAAAGGAAAUUGCAGAAAGUGGAGAUGUUAUUCUCUUUAUAAACAAGGUUCAUUCCUUCUUUGACGCAACAAACAAAGGAACCCACAAGUUUUCAUAUAUUCUGAAGCGUGCACUCCAAAGUGGUACCAUACAGUGCAUUGGCUCUGCAACUGUGGAUGAGUAUAGAAUGCACAUUGAAAAAGAUGAAGCCCUGCAAAGAAUAUUUCAAUCGGUUGAUGUUGCCGAACCAUCUAUUGAAGAGACUGUGAAGAUUCUGAAAGGCCUUCGUGGUAUGUACGGCACUCAUCAUAAUGUCCUAUACACAGAUGAAGCUCUUGAGGCCGCUGCAAAGUUGUCCCAGAAGUACAUAUGUGGUAGGUUCUUACCUGAGAAGGCAAUUGACUUGAUUGAUGAGGCUGGAUCAUAUGUUCAACAUUUUCCGGCAAAGGACAAGAGAAAGCUUCGCAGUUUUUUUCCUGAAGUGACAAAAUCUGAUAUUCAGCAAAUAGUGUCAUCGUGGACAGGCAUCCCAGUGAGAGAUGUAUCAAGGGAAGAGGGUGAAUGCCUCCUCAAUUUGGAAGAAAAGCUUCGAAACUAUGUUAUUGGACAGAAUGAGGCCAUCAACACUGUAUGUCGAGCCAUUCGACGCGCCAGUCUAGGUCUUGGACACAUGACAAAGCCAAUUGCUAGUUUCCUGUUCACAGGACCCACUGGUGUAGGGAAGAUUAAACUGGCAAAAGCACUGGCUACACAAUAUUUUGGUUCAGAAGAUGCCAUGAUACGGAUUGAUAUGAGUGAGUGCAUGGACAGACACAAAGCAUCUAGAAUAGUUGGAGCUCCUCUGGGUUAUUUUGGCUUUCAUGAGGCUGGUCAGUUGACUAAAGCUGUUAGGCAUAGGCCUUAUUCACUUGUCCUUCUUGAUGAGAUAGACAAGGCACAUUCUGAUAUAUUCAACCUCAUGCUUCAAAUUCUUGAUGAUGGUAAACUCACAGAUGGCCAGGGCCACACAGUAGACUUCAAGAACACACUCAUCGUAAUGACUAGCAGCAUGCGCCAUAAUAAAAUGAAUGAGGCAGAGAGUAACUGUAUAAAGAAGCUAGUAAUGGAGGAAACGAAGCAGUAUUUUAGACCAGAGUUUCUGAAAAGAUUGGAUGAGAUAAUUGCGUUCAACGAACUAACAAAGAUGGAUGUGAAGCAGAUUGCAGAUUUAAUGCUGAGACAAGUUUCUGAGAGAAUGAAAAGAAAAGAUAUUGAGCUUACUGUAACACAUAAGUUCAGUGACCAUGUAGUUGAGCAUGGUUAUGAGCCAAGCUAUUGUGCUAGGGCAUUGAAAAGAGCCAUUUCAAGAUUGUUGGAGGAUGCAUUGGUGGAGAAGAUGCUAACAAAAGAGAUCAGGAAAGGAGACUCAAUUGUGGUUGAUGUUACUUCUGAUGGAAAUGUUGUGCUCAAACAUAAGAAUGAUUUGGUGAGUUGUAUCAAUUUAAAUAGGAAUAUUGCAGCUGUGGGAAAAAGAGGAAAAGAUAAUGGAGUCACGUGCAAUUUGAUGAGCAAGAUGUUUGACCUGCUAGGGAAUCAAAAAAGCCCAUAGCUUGAUCACAGUUACACUUAAAAAAAAAUCUGUUUUGUUGCAAAGAUAUUCUGAUGGAAAAUGGAAGAAGAUUCCUACUAGAAGUAGGAAAGCAUAGGAUUUGGUUGGAUUGAUUUUUUGUUUUAUUAGUUAUUUGCAUUUUAAAUUCUGAGGAUUUAGAUUAUCUUUUAAGUUAAUUUAGUUUCAAUGAGGAUUUAUG